AAAUACUUUUGUAUAAUCAUAAACUUUUGUAUUCCUCUUUAGAGAUACAUUAAUAGAUUCUUUAACAAGAACCCUUAUAUAUCACUUUUUUUUUUCCUACUCUUUUCUUUGUUGUAAUUUUAAUAAAGGUAUCGAAACCAUUAGUGGAGACUACACGUUUCCCUCUCACCUUUCUAGAGUCAAGAGUGUCACCCCUUACACGUUUACCUUCAUCUCAAGAGUCAAGGGGGGAGAACUCACGGUUCAACUACUAUCCAUCCCUCACACUAAAUUCAGGAAAGCAAGAUUCAAGUGGAACUAAGUCAUGGCAGAGAAGACCGAGAUAUUUUCAUCACCUUCCUCACCUCCACCAUCAUUUUACAUGGUAGAUAAGACCGGGAAACUUUCAUCACCUUCCUUACCUUCCUCACCUCCACCAUCAUAUUACAUGGGAGAAAAGACCGAGAAAUAUUCAUCACCUUCCUCACCUCCACCAUCAUUUUACAGAAAAUAUAUCAUAUCUUACAUCAAUGAGCAGGUAGAGUUAGACUCAAGAAGUGAGAAACGAGUGCUUCUCUUGGAAUCAGCUGGUAAGGAAUCUUGUUGCAUCUUCAGAGUCCCUAAAAGCUUCGCAGAAAUGAAUCCUGAAGCUUAUAAGCCCAAAGUUGUUUCCAUUGGUCCUUACCAUCACGGGAGAAAACACCUCGAAAUGAUUCAACAGCACAAGCUUCGGUUUCUACACCUUUUCUUACGCACGGCAAGCGUGGAUAGAGAUGUCUUGUUUAACGCUGUAGUGGAUUGGGAAGAUGAGAUAAGGAAAUCUUAUUCUGAGGGUCUUGAGGGAAGUCCACAUGAACUAGUGUAUAUGAUGAUUCUUGAUGGGUGCUUCAUUCUCAUGUUGUUACUUAUCGUGUCAAGAAAGAUAGAAUUGUAUGAGAGUGAGGAUCCAAUUCUCACCAUCCCAUGGAUUCUUCCGUCUAUUCAGAGUGAUCUCCUCCUCUUGGAAAACCAGGUCCCUUUCUUUGUUCUUCAAACUUUAUUUGACAAAUCAGAGAUAGGUGUACCUGGUGAUCUAAACAGGAUGGCUUUUAGCUUCUUCAACCUCUCAAUGGAUAAACCAGAAAGAUAUUGGGUCAAACACAGAAACUUCAACGCAAAACAUCUUCUUGACCUCAUUCGUAUGAGCUUCUUACCUAUGGAUGGAUACGAAGAUUUCCAACUCACUAAGGGUAAAUCUAGAAAGAAAUCAUCCUCCGGUCUUACAUUGCUAUUGUCGGCUACAAGACUUUCUCUCCAAGGAAUAGAUUUCAGUUUAAGGAGUGGUGCAGAUUCGAUGUUAGAUAUAAGGUUAAAGAAGAACAGGCUUCAAAUACCAGUGUUAAGAUUGGAUGGGUUCAUUAUCUCAAUCUUGCUCAAUUGCGUCGCCUUUGAACAAUUUUACGCAAAGAGUACCAACCACAUAACAAGCUAUGUGGUUUUCAUGGGAUGCCUUCUAAACGGCAAGGAAGAUGCCACAUUCUUAAGUCGUCGCCGGAUCAUAGAGAACUACUUUGGCAGCGAGAAGGAGGUAUCAAAGUUCUUCAAAACUAUAUGUAAAGAUGUAGUGUUUGACAUACAUGCAAGUUAUUUACGGAAUGUGUUUGUGGAAAUUAACGAGAACACCUCAAAAUGGUACUCAAUAUGUCGAAGUUUUUUACUGUCACCAAGAAAUUUUGUGGCAUUGCGCUUUCGUCCAAUUUAUCGAUUCUAAAUACCAUUCUUCUACCUUAGCAACAGCAACAGCAAAACCGCAUGAUGGAACGUCCUCCAGGCAAAGCAAACAUGCUCGAGCUUAUGUAGAAACAAUGGAAUUAAAGUCGUUUUUAUCUUCUACAGAAACAUCAUUGUUCCCUGUUUUUUAUCAGUUGUGUAACUUGUGUUAUUGCUAUCUUUUUCGUUUUAUGAUGUUAUCCUAUAUAUGUAUUUAAGUAUUUUGUUACUCUUGUUAAUUUGCAUGAAAUAAAGCUUUUCUACUUUCCUUUGAUG